AUGAAAAUCUUCAGUCUCAUCUCAUUCGUGACUUUUCUAGGUCAGCUGAUACCUGGAAUCGAAGCCGAUAUUUCAAAUUAUCUGUGUGACCAUGUUGUUCUUGAUGCGAAGGACAUAGAAGCUGGUGUUGAUCGUGCAUUCAGAACUAAAAUGCAAGAAACUCUAGGAGCAUACGCACCUGAUGAUUUUUAUAACGAAGGAUCCUACAUAGUUAAAUAUAAGUCCCCAAGAGUAAAUAUGGAUGUUACAAUCAAAAUAGGAAUUACGUUUAGCGAGGAUGUUCUUUAUGUAAAAGCUGCAGGCGAUGGCCAAGAAAUUGACUGUCAUCCAACAGAUAAGCCGGCUACCACGAAAAGAAUUGUCCCUUAA